UUUCGAAAGUAUAGCCAUUUAUUAAAAUUUUUAUUCUAUAUUUCUUAUAUAAAUAUAUCUAUUUAAUAAUAUCGUAUAUUGAUUUUUAAUUGUUUUGAUUAGAAUUUUAUUUUAUUAGAUUAUAUAUAUUUUAAUUAAUGUUUUAAUUAGAAAAGAAUAACAAAGUUUGGUAAAAUCGAUAAAAUUUUUCUAUUUAAAUUAUAUCAAACACAAGAAUAAAUAAAGACAUAAUAUAAUAAAUCAAAAAAAAAAAUUUCAUAAGAUAUAGUUGGAUAAAAAUCAUUUUAGUUUCAAGUGAAAAUACCUCCAUAAAAAUGAUAAAGAAAUGAUUAAAAAUGUUGCACAAGUAUUUUAUGUAAGUUUAAAUAUUGUUUCGGAGUUAAUACUUUUUUAAGCAUACAUAUAUAGGGUGUUAAUAUAUUCGUGGAUUGAUUCUAAAGGAUAAAAUAAAUAAAAGUUGAUACAUAGAAAUAUCGAUUGAGAUUUAUUUAUUAAAUUAUUUAUUAAACAAGCAAUUUGAGUUUGCAUUAGAUGAAGCAAGAUGGGAAUAAAAUGCUACAACAGUAAUGAAGACAGAGUGGUCUCACUCUAUUUUCGUCUUGCUCUGUUUAAUGCAAACUUCAAUUAAUUCAAUUUAAUAGUCUACAUUUUUGUAUAUCAAUUUUUGUGUUUGUUUUUAGAAUCGAUAUCUUCAAAGAUGUUCCACAAAUAUAUUAACACCCUGUAUACGUUAUAUUCAUAUUUCAUGGAUAUAAUUCGAAGGUUACAAAUAUCAAGAAUAGGUGUUGCUAAUAUCAGAGCCUAUAAACUUUAGUUAAAGCUUAAACAAGAUUUUCGUUUCGUUUCGAAGGGAGCUGUAUAUUUUGACUCAUCUCAUAACAUGGAUGACGAAGAAUAUCUUCAACCUGUAUUAACUUCUCAAGAAGAACAUUUUCAUAAAUUAGAUACUGUCCUAAUUACAUUUAUCCCUCUUAUAUUUGGUGUGUCUUUAGAAAUUACAGGAAUUAUAUUUAUAGCUGUAUGGCCUGAAGAAAAUAAUAAAUGUGAUACAUAUUUUAUAUACUUAUAUCUUCAUUGUGCAUAUUGGUUGUUAAUAAUGUUAACAGAUCAUUUAGUAAAAAGAAAACAUCAUAAGCUUCGUAUUUAUGGAUAUCUUGAUUUUUAUCAAUCAACAUACCAACAAAUAAGAACACCUCUUUUCAUAGCAUCGUUAUGGAUAACAUGUUAUUUAUUAUUAGCUGUGUUUUUGCAUCACACACAUAAAGUUAAUUAUGAACAAUAUUGUCGUGCAUCAGAAUGGUUCACACCUUUAAAUUAUAUAGUGCUCUUGACUACAUUGGAACUUAUAAUUAUCGUACCAGUUUAUAUAAAUUAUAUUAAACAAGUUUUAAGAUUUAAUCGAUUACGUCCACCAGCUGAUGUUGCGAGAGAAGAAUGGUUAUCUUCUUUUACUCAAGAUACAUAUGCAGGUAGUAAUGAAGUAGGUUAUCAUCAUAGAGAAUCUAAUUUAGAAGAAUUGCUUGAAAAACAAGCGGAUUUAAUAAGAUAUUUACGAGAUCAUAAUGUUAAGUUAAGUCAUAGAAUGAUGCUGUUGGCAACGCAACGUAGAUUACCUGAAGCAUGAGAUUCUGACAAGAGUACAAGCCUUAUAUGUAUGUGAUGUUUUAUCAUAUAUAUGUAAUUAUAAUAUUAAGAAUAUGAGACGAAUAUUUUCAUUUUAUAAUUUCGUUCAUUUUUGCUGUUAUAUUAAUGUUUUCCAUUAUUCCCCCCCCCCCCUUUUAUUUCUGAAUCCACUAACUUUUAAUAAUAUUGUAUUAUUUCGAGUGUAAGGCUUGCACAAUUAAGAUCGGAAUCAUACGAACGUUCGUUUUUUUCUGAUAUUCGCAUUACCACGAUGUUUGAAUUCAUACAUUAAUUAUUGGACAAAUGUUAAAUAUUUGACAUUAUUUUUAUUACUUAAUUAUAUUAAUUUAAAAUAAUCGUAUAUUUAAGUGGCAUUAUUAAGUUAAAAAGAUAUCAUGUUAUAAAAAAUAUACGUGAUUAUAAAAAAUCAAAAAUAAUUUCUGUGAUAAGAAAUGUAUAUAUUUAAUUGAAUAAAGUAUAUAUAUAUUUUUUUCAA